CCAUCUGACGUCAUACGGGAGGGAAUUUUCAAAUACUGAAGGAGACUAAAGUCGAAAUAGAGUUAUUAAGAUAAACAAAGGCAACGUUCAAAAUGCAGAGACCCGUAAAGGGCAAAACUCCUCGGAGGCAAGCCCAGAAGAAAACAUCCAACACACAAAAAGAUCCCGUUGGUGUGUACUGCCGUGUCCGCCCGUUAGGAGCAGAAGAUGAGGAGUGUUGUAUUGACAUCAUCAGCAGCACGACCAUUCAGCUGCAUGCGCCCGAUGGCAUCAAAGCCAACCGCAAUGGAGAAUACAAAGAGACCCAGUACUCGUUCAAGAAAGUCUUUGGAAUUCAAACCUCCCAAUUGGAAUUGUUUGAGGAUGUUGCGAAACCGCUUGUGGAUGACCUGAUUCACUGCAAGAAUGGAUUGCUUUUCACCUAUGGCGUCACUGGCAGUGGAAAGACAUUUACAAUGACUGGCUCUCCUGGGGAAGGUGGACUUCUCCCUCGUUCGCUGGACAUGCUCUUCAAUAGUAUAGGUCCACUUCAGGCAAAGAGAUUUGUGUUUAGGACUGAUGACAAGAAUGGAAUGGAAAUCCAAGGUCAGAUAGAUGCUCUCCUGGAAAGACAGAAGCGAGAAUCCAAUCAACAGUCUACACUGCCCAAAACACCCUCGUCAAGGCAAAAACCUGACCCUGAGUUUGCAGACAUGAUCAGUCCAGAGGAGGCAUGCAAAUGUGAGGGAGUCGAUGAGGACAGCUGCUAUAGUGUAUUUGUAUCAUAUAUAGAAAUAUACAAUAACUACAUCUACGAUCUGCUGGAGGAAGUGCCAUGUGACCCCAUACGAGCCAAACCGCCUCAGUCGAAAAUUUUACGUGAGGAUCAGAAUCACAAUAUGUACGUGGCGGGGUGUACAGAGGUGGAGGUGAAGUCCACGGAAGAAGCCUUCGAGGUGUUUUGGCGUGGGCAGAAGAAAAGGAGAAUUGCCAAUACUCAGCUGAACCGCGAGUCCAGUCGCUCGCACAGUGUAUUCAUCGUCAAACUGGCCCAGGCUCCACUGGAUGCGGACGGAGACCAUAUUCUACAGGACAAGAACCAGGUGACUGUUAGCCAGCUGUGUCUGGUGGACCUGGCUGGAAGCGAGCGAACCAGCAGGACCAAAGCCGAGGGCAGCCGUCUCCGUGAAGCAGGCAACAUCAACCAGUCCCUGAUGACGUUACGCACGUGUAUAGAAGUCCUCCGGGAGAAUCAGAUGUGUGGCACAAACAAGAUGGUGCCUUACAGGGACUCCAAAGUGACUCAUCUGUUCAAGAACUAUUUUGACGGUGAAGGAAAAGUCCGCAUGGUUGUGUGUGUCAACCCCAAAGCUGACGACUAUGAAGAAACCAUGUUGGUGAUGCGCUUUGCCGAAUUGACCCAAGAGGUGGAGGUGGCGAGGCCCGUGGACCGGCCCAUCUGCGGUCUGGCGGCGGGGCGCAGGCACCGGAACCAGGCCUUCCAAGACGGGCAGUCCCAGCGCCAGGAGGAGCGCCCUGGGGGGGGCGGCUACACAGAGGAUGGAUCGUUGUUUAACCAGCUCCUGGAGAGCCUCCCUGCUCUGCCUGCCUGUGAAUUGGUGGACCCCAUGGAUGAGCAGAGCUUGCCCCGCCUGGUGGAGGUGCUGGAGAGGAGGCAACGCAUCCGGCAGAUGAUUUCUGAGCAGUGCACCAUAACUGCCAAUACGCUGAAAUCCAUGCUCCAGGAGGUUGAAGGCCAUGUAACGGCCAAGGAGAAUUUCCUCCAUGAGCAGCGGGGGAAACUGGGGGAGAAAGACAGAGUCAUUGUCAACCAGAGAAAUGAGAUGGAGCGGCUGGAGAAGAAAUCCAAGAUGCUGGAAUACAAGAUUGACAUUCUUCAGAAAACCACCAACAUCUACGAGGAGGACAAGCGUUCGCUUCAGCAGGAGUUGGAGAGCCGUGACCAGAAGCUGCAGCGAGAGCUGUCAGAGAGGAGGCGCAUGGAGGCACGCAUGCAGGGCAUGGUGACUGACACCAAGCACAAGUGGGAGAAGGAGUGUGAUCGCCGUGUGAACGCCAAGGAGCUGGAGAUGAGGAACAAGCUGUGGGUGAAGGAUGAGAAGCUGAAACAGCUGAAAGCCAUCGUGUCGGAGGGCAACAGCAGCGUCACCUCCGAGCAGCGUCUCGCCCCGCCUCCAGACGUCCCCCCGAGGCCUUGCCGGGAGAAGGACCAGCGCGGCGGACCUCCUCAGAAGAGGUCCGCCUCGCCCUCAUCGAUGCCCGACUGGCAGACUCCCUCCACUUCCCGCCACCGCCACCAGGUCAUGACAGCUCAGGUCCUCCCCCCAUCCUCCUCCUCCCUCUCCUCCUCCUCGGCUAGUGGUUUGUCAGUAGCCUCCGUGGUCUCCGAGUGGGAGCAGAGGUUCCCUGUAGGUAGGGCCCCCUCCGGGACUCCUGAAGGGAGUGGUGGCGGGACCUCAUGUGGAAGCAGCAGCGUGGGCCGCAGGAGAGGGAAGCAGUGGGUCCCUGAGACAGAAGCCCCGGGGCCCAGCCACGCUUACGGGCUAGAGUCACGCUCAACGAUCCCAGCCAUACCGUUUCACCCGCGCCACAGACGCUCACACUCGGCAGGUGGAGAGCGAUGGGUAGAUCACAAACCAGCCUCUAAUUUGGACUUAAACACAGUCAUGCAGCCAAUCAUACCCAAUGCUGUCAAGGUGUCAGCGGCCAAUGAGAAAGCUCUGUCUAAAUGCCACAAGUACGUUCUAACGCAUCAGGAGCUUGCCUCUGAUGGGGAGAUUCAGACCAAACUAAUCAAGGGAGAUGUGUUCAAAACGAGAGGCGGGGGACAAUCUGUGCAGUUUACAGAUAUCGAAACGCUCAGGCAGGAAUGCCCAACUGCUUCAAGCCGUAAGAGGAGGUCAUCUGAAGGCCAGCAUAACGGGAAACGGACGGAUUGGAACGACCGUGAAAACCGGCCACCGCUGGCCAGUACAAGCACGGUUCUUGGUGUCCAGACUGGUUAUCCCAAGCGCAGGAAGUAGGACCUGGAUGAAUGAGAUGACAGUUUCUUGGGGGGGAGGGGCUUUCCCCUCAAUGCUGGGUUUGUCAUGUGCAUUGGCCCAGUGAACUUCACUUAACUAUGCAUACUCAAAAUUCAAACUGUUUUUAUUUAUCGAUUUUUCUAAACGGGAUAUGAAUUGUAUUUAAUCAUGUAGCUUGAAAGGGAAAUUAUUUGUUAUUGUAGAGCAUGAUUUAGGGAUUAGAUAAUUACAUAUCACAUGGUAUAGCAUUCAGACCUUAUUUUUUUUCAUGGCUUUGUCACCCCUAAAGGUUUUUUGCACAAAAUGUCUAUCUCUAUUGUAAGUAACAUUUUGUUUCACACUAAGUAUGAGAAUUUGUGUAGCUUAUUCAUACAUGGUAUGAAUCAACUGUAAAAAGUUGCUGCUACAGAACAGAUUUAUACCAAUGCCGUCUGACCAGGUCUUUCACUGCAAAUAAAGGCUUUGAAGUGAAUAUUGUUGACUAAACAUGAACGAUUGCGACAUGUUUUUAACCAUAUUUAUUAAUGUGUAUGAAUGUUAGGUCUUGAUUUCACCCCUCCACACCCUGAGAUAUUGUCACAGAGAAACUGGUACUGACUCAAAUAUUUUAAUGGAGACUCGAUAAGAUGAUGCUAAUGGAAAUCGGGCUGCACUACCUCUUGCUUGUGCCCUGUUGUCAGACUACUGCUUUGAAUCCGAGCAUUCCGUAUAUCAUUAGUCAGCUUUUCAAAUGUUAUGUGAAAAUAUGUUGGGCACUUAAAAAAACAAAACGACAACACCAAUGGAGUUGAGUGAUAGGGGUUUCCCUGAGACAAAUCUGUGCCAAGUAACACCGCCCAUCCUAACAAAUGGUUUGAGAUUUUUAAAUAAAUGGUUGGUUACAGUGCUGGAAGCUGAAUUAAAAGCAGGAUUUAGUGCCCUGUGUAUUUUGCUGUUUGUUAAGCUGGCUAAUAUUGUUUUAAGUUACUGUAUUGUAAUAUAUGGACACAGCCUUUACUCUCCUAACACUACACUCAACAUAUUGGCUGCUCUACUCCUGGAGUCCUUUCUGAAUAACUGGUGUCCUUGUAGAUCUGAACACACGCACAUGCCUGCACACAAUUAGGUGUGCAAGGCAAAGCACAACUAGAUUUCUCUUAUAGUGUUAUUGGGGCUGGUGUUGCGAGUAUCCCAAAAGGGAGGCCUGCAGGUUGCAAGGCUGAAUACAUAUGUACAUGAGAGAUUUAAA